AUGGAUUCAAAUAAAGAUUCGAACCGCAUUAGUCGUCUUCUGGAAGAAGUUUCAACGCCGGAAUCCAGCGACAAUAAUGAAGACCCGUACCACGACGAUGGAGGAGAGUAUGAUUCUGACGACGAUUAUCGUCCAUCUGCUGAAUCAGAUUCUUCCGACGAUGAAAUUGGCUUCAAUGGAAUCUCAGCGCGCCACCGCCGCCGUUAUCAUUCGUCGUCUAGUAGCGAUAACAAUGCGCCGGUAAGUCCAUCCCUGCAGUAUCCAGCCCUUCAGUCAAAACAGCCCGUUGCCCAAGGAGCCAGUGAUUUAUUGCAACCUACCGACAUAGACCUCUCCUUUCAGUCUCCAGAGAUGGAACAGCCUGGUGCACAACCUGCCAAUGAUAAUUUUCACGAUAUGGAUAUUUUCGUUUCGUCUCCAGAGGCUACCGAUUCAGAGCAGCUCCAAAACAAUGAAGAGUGGUCGCCAACGACUAUCCCAAUCGCUGAUUUCCACUUUGAGGAGUCCUCAUCGGGACCAAGAUUUGAUGUAAAUAGCAUUCAAACGCCACUAUAUAUGUUCAAAUUGGUUUUUCCGGAAAGCCUAAUUGAUCACAUAGUUGAAUGUACUAAUAAAUAUGGUGAAAAACUAACUGGUCAAGGUGGGCCACGCACUAGGAACAGUCGUCACUAUAAAUUCCGACCUGUGGAUAGGCAGGAAAUAUUAUCUGUUUUCGGCAUAUGCCUUCUACAAGGGCAAUUGAAAUUCCCCCUUAGACGGAAUUUUUUUUCUAAUGAUCCGCUGUACUACCAUCCGUUUUUUCAACAUGUAACAUAUGGUAGAAGGUUUGAACAAGUCAUAAGAUGUCUGUGUGUAGCGGAUGAUCAAGCAAAGGGAGAACACAAAGUGCUUGAUUUUAUAAAAGCUUUGAAUAAUAACUUCCAGCUUAUCUACGGUCCUUCGAAAGAAUUAUGCAUAGAUGAAUCACUUAUUCUAUUUCGGGGUAGAAUAAUCUUUCGUCAAUACAUAAAGUCUAAGAAAGCGAGGUAUGGUAUCAAAUUCUACGUCCUCACAACUGCGAGCGGUUAUGUCCUUGAUAUGAUUAUUUACCGUGGUAAAGAUGCAUCUGCAGAGACAGGAAAGAAAACUCAAAAUAUCGUGCUGAAAUUAUUGGAACCAUAUGUGCUCAAAGGUCACCAUGUUUUCAUGGAUAAUUUUUAUAAUUCAGUGGAGUUGUCGCAAAAGUUACUUGAUUUGCGAACACACUCUUGUGGGACAUUGAGAAAAAACCGUAAAGGCAACCCAAGGGAUGCACCACAGACUCAAAAUGAAGAUUCUGCUGAAUCUGAGCAGACUCAAGCUGGCAGUGAGGAACAGAAGACGCCAAAUUCUGAGAUUAGUAGGAAUGGAAGUAGUGAACUGAUGACUCCUUCAUAUUCUCGAAAGCCAACAAAUAAGAAAAGGAAGAUUGAUAUAACGAUUGAUAGAGCAAUUAAAGAAUUAAAAACUAUAAACGAGCAAGCCAAAGUCCAAACUGAAGAUGAGUUUGAUUUGUUUUGCAAAAGUUUGGCAGUACAACUCAAGAAAAUGCCCUUGAACAGGGCUUUGAUAUGUCAGGAAAAACUUCAAUCUGCGAUGACUCAGGAACGGUUAACACAGAUGUCACAAUCAUUUCCUGAAGUAAUUUACUCGGACUCCAGCAUCCAUCCCCAUUUACUAUCAACCAGUCGCCUCUAUACCAAAAUACAACACCGGAGUAUAAUUAUAGUAACUACCUUGUCACCGAACAAGUUUAUACGCAACCACAACCAGUGCCUGUACCCGUGA